ACAGUUCAGUUCGGACCCAAAUGCCGAAUCAAACCCCAUCUCCUUCGAAGUCCCUGUUUCUUCUGCAACUCUUCUUUGCUCUUUCAUGGCGAACCCUCUGUUUCGCAGCCUUCGCAGAGCUUCCAUCUCUUCAAUCUCCAACCACUUUUCCCACAAACAUCUCACCUUCAGGACAAAUUUUCAUCCACCAAGACCUGAAACUCCGUUCCUCCCGUGGAAACCUUGGUGGGUUUUCAGAAACUUGAGCUACGGAUCAGUCAAUCUCGUGAUUUCCCAGGGGAAGCCGAAGUUCGAGACCCGUGAAAUCGAGCCUCCGAAGAAGGAUAAGUGGAAGACGAAGAAGAGGCUGAAACAGCAGAGGAAGAGAGAGAAGCAGAAGAGGAAAGCGGCGAACAAGCGUGAUCCGCGAUGGCUCGGCGUCAAAGGGAAGAAGAAGAAGCAGAAAUUCGCCAAUGCCGAGGAGCGAAUCAAAAACAAGCUUGAAAGGGCAAAGAUUAAGGAAUCAAUGCUGAUUGAAAGACUUAAACGAUACGAAGUUCCUAAAGUUCAGGGUCCUGUGGUUGAACCACAUAACUUGACUGGUGAGGAACGUUUCUAUUUGAAAAAAAUGGCCCAGAAAGGGUCUAACUAUGUACCAGUUGGAAGAAGAGGGAUAUUUGGAGGAGUUAUUCUUAAUAUGCACAUGCAUUGGAAGAAGCACGAAACGGUUAAGGUCUUCUGCAAGCCUUGUAAACCCGGGCAAGUACAGGAGUAUGCAAAUGAGAUUGCUAGGCUGAGUGGGGGAGUUCCAAUCCAGAUAAUUGGAGAUGAUACCAUAAUCUUUUACCGAGGAAAGGAUUAUGUGCAACCAGAAAUCAUGUCACCAAUUGAUACGUUAUCCAAGAAAAGGGCACUCGAAAAAUCAAAAUACAAGCAAUCACUCGAGUCAGUGAGGCGCUUCAUUGCGAUUGCUGAGAAGGAGCUAGAACUGUAUUGCAGACACGUUGCCCUUUAUGGUGACCCGAAUAAGCGGAGUCCCAACUCAAUCCUUGAUGGUCCAAACAGAGGCACAGGGGAGUGGAAAAGAAUUGUAUCUAAGGUAGAAAGGAAUCUGGAUUCAACUGUUGGUGGAUUUUCUUCAACUCUUUCAGUGGCAGGUAUUGAUUCCACAGAUCAGGAAUCAUCUGAAACUGAAGAUGAUUUUUCUGAUGAAAACCUAUCUGUGACUGAAACUGAUUCUGAUGACGACAACAUUUGUAGCAAAGAUUUUGAUUAUUGUUAUGAAGGAGAAGAGAACUCUUCCUGUAGUGAAGAGAGCUCAACCAAAAUGGAGGGAACAUUCUAAAGCAGGUGGGGUGCUGAUAAUCAAGAGCUUCCUCUGGAUCGACCCUUGUUAAACAGGGAGUCUUGUACACUUAGGACGCCCUUUCCCCCGGGCCUCAACCUUUAUUGUAGAUACUCUUUUUACCUAACAUUCAUAUUUAUGAACUGUACACAAUUUCACCUUGCAAAUGAAUCUGCAAAUAGAUAGAAAAGCUAAAACAAAAAGUUUUUACUAGAUGAGUUGAGUCUGUGCCUAUGUGAAUUAAGAAGAUAUAAUGCUACUUUCAAGCUGCAUGAAGUGAUUUGUUCUGUACCUUCCAGUCUUCUUAGAUGAACAACUGUGAGCUCUGGACAGAUAUUUGCUUCUCUC